AUGGAGGAGCUGAGGUUAAUUAAACAGGGGGUUCUUCCAGAAGGGGGGCGCAUGAUUGCUGUCAAGAGGCUUGCUGAAAACGCACCAGUGCCAUCUGGCAUGACAUUUGAAACUGAGGUUACAAACCUUAUGGCACUUAAACACCAAAAUAUAGUAGAGCUGGUUCACUACUGCCAUGAAGCACAGAAGAAAGUACAUCAAAACUGGAAGACAGAUGAGCAAAUAAUAUACAAGUACCUAUCACUAGAUGCAAAUGGCCUCAACCAAGUAAAAACAUGCAUUCUGAUUGAGUUGAAGUGUGUGGAGGUUGACCGUAAAAAGAGGCCUUCCAUAGUAGAUAUUGUUGAUAAGCUCAGCGGGAAAUUUGUACCAAUUUUUGAGCAGGGUAUGCUGUGUGAGCCACGGCAUACCCUGGGGUCCAGGUGUCUCCCCUUCCCAGCAUGCAUGAAGCAUGAUCCUUCCAAGGAGAAAUCGGUGUCCAAGAAGAAGUAA